UCCAGAGAAAAUGGAGGAAGGGGGUAUAAAUAUUGGUGAAUAAAUGAAGAACAUUACAUCCUUACCAUUCUCUUCCAUCUCUAUCCUCAAAACCUUAAGGUCUCACCCCCCCAAUCCCAAUGGAUCUCCAUGGCCAUAGGGAGAGAAGGGGAGGGAUGUCAGUGCCACAAUUUGGGGGAUGGGAUAAGGAGCCAGGGAGAGGAGAAGGUGAGAGUAUAAGUUACACAGUAGUUUUCUCUCAGGCCAGAGAUAACCGGAAACAACAUAAGACUGAGUUGCCUCGUUACAGCCUCGACAACAAUAACGACAAUGAUGAUCUUCUUCAUGGCAGCCGCAGUCGCAACCGCCACAGGAAGCAUGACCACCACAUGUCUGUUCCUCCUCCUAUUAAGAGGAGGAAAACGUGUCUCUCCUGGUUUAGUUGUUUUUGGGCUUGAUGAAGUGCACCAAAUUUGAAGAUUGUCAUAUAUGGCCUUUUCUGUAUUUUACUCCAGUUUACCUGAUGUUACCUGAAGACUAGAAGUCUAAAUGUCAUUAUGAUAAUCAAAUGCUCGAAAUUUGGGCAGAGAGUUGUAUAUAAUAUACUCCCUAAUAUAAAUGUCCAAUUCAAGCUCGAUCUUGAGAUUUUGAGUGAUU